UGGAAACUAUACGUCCGUAUAACUUUGAACCUGUUCGAAACGCUGGAGAUAUGUCAGAAAGUGAUUCUGGCGGUAGCGACGACGACGACCAAACACUUCAUGUCCCUGAUACGCGUACGGAACGACUAGAAAACACCGAGUGGUGUACUUGUGGUUUGUGUAUCGUCAUGCCGAGCAUUACAGAAUGUAUCUGCUGCAAGGAAGUCGAUGCUCUGAACUGGAGACUUCAUGGCGUGAGAUGUGCGACAGCGCAUGACAGUUUUCACACUGUCUGCUUGCACUAUGAAGUUCUACGCACAGCGGUAGGUGUCAUGAACGUCUCUCCAGGCUCCAUUACAGAACCUCUUACGGCCAGGCUUUUGAGACUGGCGGCUUACCGCCAAUUUACUCACUGGGCUCACGAGAUGUUGGGGAGAGGUGUACGAAUAGUCAUACCAUCGUGUGUGGUGUCUGCCGUACGCAGAGCGUUUCCAGAAGAGAGUGGGCACUAUGUUGGGUUUAGAGAUGCUAAUGAUUCUCAGUGAUGUAUUAGCUAACAAAUUAUAUGUAGUUGACACAAACAACUGAAGACCUUGUAACUGAAUAACUGGAAACUGGACUAAUACUUCUAAUUGAAUCGAGUACUAGUUCUACGUAUAAUCUCUUCUUUGGGAGGCUGUUUGUGCCCAGCUAUAUUUUUGGGUAAGUCCACUGGUGGAGCUUUAGCUUUGUGGUGCCUUAUGGGUGUGUGCUCCAUUGAUCUUCUCUUCAGCACAGACGUUGAAAUUUCGUGGAGGUAUUGAUACGAUUUUGUCUCAGCUAUAGGUUUUGCUACCCAGGCUUUGGUAGCUUUAGGAAAUACAACUUUAUACCUCUUGAUUCCUUUACUUGUUGUUGCUUGUUCUCAAUCAAUGUUGUAAUUAUGGUCCAGAGCAGCCAGCUGUAUUCUUGUCAUCAUACCCUUAUACCCAAAAUGCUGCCUUUUAGGACAGUACUUUGUGAGAAGUGAGUGAAACACUUCUAGCAUGCCUGUGUGACAAAAUUUGGUGAGCUUUGGUAUGUCUUUUAGUAAAUUUUUGUCUAACACAACCUCUUUUAAGGC